GAGAAAACAAUGGGUCAAACCCGGUACCAGAAUGUGGACCUGAAUAAAUGUAAGAAUGUGCUGGUCCUUGACAGGGAAGGUCAGGCACUGUCACUGUUUUCACAUUUUCAUCUCCGGUCCGAUAGGUGGCGGUAUGCUCCCUUUCUGCUCGGUAGUACCGGUAUUUCCGGUUGAUCUUUGACCUCACGAACCAAAACACUCGACAAACGAGCUGGCGGCAAAGCGUUACCAUGUCCAGCGGGGAGUUAGACAGAUUUACAGCUCUGUACUUUUCGUACGUGCUGUAUUUUCUGAUCUCCCUGCAGAUGAGAUGCACGCUGUCCCUGCUGGUGAUGGUGUUAAAUGAAGGCAGACGACAGCGCCGUUUGAUCCUGGAGUGCGCCAACAACGAGACGUCUGCGCUGCUUCACUUCGUCCCCUCUCCGCUUCCCAGGGCUCCGCGCAGAUGCUGGAUGCGGGUCCGGAGCAAAGACUGGUGGGAGAGAGUGGUUUUGAAGGAAUUUACUGACGAAGACUGGAGGAUGACCUUCCGCAUGACGCGCAGGUCGUUUGAUAAAUUAUGCGGCUUGAUGGAGGGAGUGCUGCGGCCGCAGGACGUGACCGUCCGCGCCCCCAUCCCGCUGCAGAUGAGGGUCGCCAUCGUUCUGUACAAACUCGUUAGUUGUGCGGAGUACAGCACUAUAGCCAAACAGUUCGGCGUCCAUAAAACCACAGUGAAGAAGUUUGUGUACUCCUUCAGUAAAGGGAUGGUGUCUAAUGUCAUCAACGACCUCAUCAAGCUGCCCACGGCGGACGAAGCACGCGCUAUCGCACGCGGAUUCGAGGAGAAGUUCGACAUCCCUCAGGUAGUCGGGUUCAUCGACAGGACUCACAUUCCAGUUCUGCCCCCAAGUGACGGCUACAAAGACUUUGUGAAUCGCAAAGGAUGGCCUUCUUACGUGCUUCAAGCCGUGGUGGACCACACGUACAGGUUUUGGAACAUCAACUGCAAAAUGCCCGGAUGUACUCGUGAAGCAGACGUGCUCAGGCAGUCGUCGUUAUUUGACCAGGCACACCUGCUGCCAAAGGUUCCCAGAGAAAUUGGUGGGAAUUCUGUUAACUUUUUCAUACUUGGAGGCCCAGCUUACCCACUCAUGGACUGGCUCAUCAGAGCCCACCGCCGUCCUCCACGUCUCACUCCUGAACAGCUGCAGUUUAACGUCCGUUUACACUCCGCAAGGUCGACGGCAGAGACGGCUUUCAGGAGGCUAAAGUCGCGCUGGAAAGUGCUGCUCAAGAAAAGUGUUUUCCACUACACAUUCACACCGUACGUGAUUGCCACCUGCUGCGCACUGCACAACUUCUGUGAAAGCGAGGAGGAGGAUGUUGAUCCUGAUUGGACAGAGGAAGCAGCUGUUCUGGAACGAGAUCUGCCACAGCCGGAUUCCCGUUCAUACGAUGAGCCCGAGUGUCCUGAUGGUCGGAAAAUCAGGCUUGCUCUGACUGAGUAUCUGAAAACAAACUUUCCUCUAAACGCAGUGUCAUAGACCCGCAGUGGCUGUUUUCUUUGCAUAUUUAAGAAAUCAGUUACGGACAUUAGGGUCUUUACCCCAUACUCUUUAUUCCAGCAUUGUCAUGAACAGAUAAAUUUAUGUUUGUAUUUAUUCACAUUUAUUAAACAUCUCAAAACUUU